GAUUGGCUAAAGGACGGGGGUUCCAGAUGCGGGGUUUUUAACCCCCGUUCGCCACGUCAUGCACAGAAGUCGAACGCGAACAUCGACUUCUGCUAAUUGACAUCUACCGCGAACGCGACCACACUCUUCGACCGGGCAGUUACUAUAGUUACCCUUCAUCGAGCAAUCUUUAAGCCCCACUGGACGCACAUCCCAUAUCCCGUCGCCAAUGGCAAAAUUCUUACGGGCCAUUGACCAAGGCGCGAGUAAAGUCGGGCGGCUGAUCGCCGCGAACCCUCUUGCCAUCAGCAGCGCCAUCAGCGGCGCGACCAUUGCGCUGUAUCCCGAUCUCACUCUCGGGACGCUCCUCCAGCCGCUCGGAUUCACCGCCGAUGGCGUAGCUGCAGGCAGUCUUGCGGCGUCGGCACAGUCCGCCCUCGGAAACGUAGGCGCCGGCGGGAUCUUCGCGUUCUGCCAGAGUGCUGCCAGCGGGGGGUCCGCGACAUCGACGGUUGCGGCGUCGGCGGGUGCUGCGGUCGCCACUGCUUUCCGCGUGGUGGCUGCUAUGCGGAAAGAGUCCGCCAACCAGGAGGAGGAGGAGGAGCAGGAGGAGGAGCCUGCCAACGUCGACUAUGAGGCCGAGUUCCGCAGGGAGCGCUCGGCCAGCCCGUCACCGCCUGCGCAGGCGGCGGCGGCUUCUAGAACGGAGGGCCGCGGAGUAAAGUGUGCUGGCUGUGUCGGCUGA